AUGCUGCUGAGGGAAGGCGCUCUGAAGAAGCCACUCAUUAGUUCCUGCCUCCCAGAUCCCUGGAGCUGCCCUGACCCUGAACUCUUCGAAGCCUGGUUCUCCAGAUUUUCCUUCAUUCCUGUGAGAUACCUUCCAGAGACUGCUGCUGCUUUGAAACGUACAGUAGAAGCCCUGAUGGACAGAGGAGCCGUAGUGCGGAACUUGGAAAACCUGGGUGAACAAGCACUUCCUUACAGGAUCUCUGCCCACAGUCAGCAGCACUGGAGAGGCGGAUAUUUCUUAGUGGAUUUUUAUGCACCACCGACAGCCGUGGAGAGUAUAAUGGAGCACUUGUCCCGGGACACUGAUGUGAUUAGACCAAAUGUGGUAAAACACCCUCUGACCCAGGAAGUAAAAGAGUGUAAAGGGAUGGUCCCAGUCCCACUUGAAGAAAAAUUAUAUGCCCCAAAGAAGAGGAAGUGAGAACCUCCACCAGAUUUUAGCCUUGUGUUGACUUCUGUCACACCAGAGCAGCAUGGAUGACUACUUCAGCCAAGAGUUUUAUUACAGGUACCAUUAGAGUUUUCUAGAGUGCUUUGCUUUUGAAUCCCCCCUUUUAAGUAAGAAGUGAGAAAACUUUGCGAGAACAGCCCUAUAGUCUGUGCAGAUGAAUUAGUGUAAUUCUUUGUCAUUGUGGACAGCAACACCAUUCUGAAGAGCAAAACAUAAAACUGCCUUGGAUUGUAAGCUAGUCAUUCAGACUGUGUAUGACCAUGCAAAAAUAAAAACUGAAGACCCCUGUGUUAUAGGGACAACUUUUUAUCAAAGAAAUAAACAUGAUUUUAU